CGGCACUUUAUUUAAGCAUUUCUAAAAUGCAUUUUUUUUAAAACCACAAUUUGCUCUUUUAAGGUAAGUUUGAAAGCACAACACACAAGAAUUAGACGCUCGAGUUGCGUUGUAAGAACACAGUCUCGAUCAUCUGUCUGGGUCUUGCCAUUGCCACUAACCUUUGCAUUGCAUGUUGAAACUCAACAAAUGAUCACUCACUCGGAUACCUUGAUGAUAUUCAUCCAUAAACAAGAGCGUAAGGAAUAUUGAUGAUGAUAAGAAUAUUACCUUUCGCAUUGGAAUAUUAACAAGUGUAUCGCUAAUAUGAAUGUAAAUUAUUAUUUUGUAUUGUUGCACAGAGAUGUAUUAAUUUAAGUUAUUACUAUACCUUUGGACAGAAAUAUUUAAAUAUAGACAAGUGAGGUUAUUUAGGUGAUUUCAUCAAUAUUUCAUGACUGAAUAGCAGUCUUUGUUUAUGAAUAUAUGAAUAAAGUACCAUAAUUUCUAACAUUUGACUUGUUUGUGUGUGCCCACAUUGAUAUAAUAGCCGUUUUAAUGCUUCAUUUUUAUUUUUUUCAAGCAAUAAUUAUAUCAUAUUUUAUUUAUAUAAUCAUAUUGAAUUUCGGGGCAUGAACUAAAUAUAAUACUGAUGCACUGUCUGAACUGAAAAUAUAUUCGGUGAACAAUGUGAUUUUAAAAUAGUCCCCAGUUCGGCUGACCACAGAACAGGUACAUCAGGGAGGUUGGAAUCAGAGCGCAUGCGUACAAGAAGGCACAAUGCGUCCAGGUACAGCAAUGAGGCUGGAAUUUUUUGGAUACUGCGGAAGAUAGGGAGAUACCAUCGUUUUAUGUCAGGAGGUGUCUCUCUGAAAAAGAUGAGUUGCUAAUGUAUGUCAAAGCUGGCAAAAACCAGGUAGGCUUAUGCACCAGGACAUUUCUUGUUGAAAGAAAUUAAAUCAUGUGCUGUGAAAUACUCAUUUGAAUAGUGUUUAAAACCACAGAACGUGUGAACCCCACCCUUUAUUUUGUAAAGGACCCCUUAUCUGAAGCCACCACUGAACUGACAAUUUUAGAAAGCCAGUGUGAAGAUCAAGCUGCUGUUCUGGCAGAAGUUCCCUCCUCAUUACCCUUUCAGCCACACCCUCUGAUGUAUAUGUAAUCAGAUACGUGAUAACACACUCCUACCUGAGAACACAUUGUUUACGCAUGAGAGGAUAGUUACCACUGUUUUCGGUUAAUGUAUAUAGUAACUACAAUAUGUAUGUCAGUCAUGUAUGAAUGCCAUACCAUCUGAAUAACAGAUGCAUCAUUAAACAUUAAAUCCAAUAAUAAUAUUGUAGCUACGGUAUGGUAUAAAAAACACAGGCAUUUGUUGUGAAUGGGAAAAGCAUGUAUCAGAAUGAGUGCUGCCACAUGACAUAUUGAUCAUAUAACAGGCUGGCCAGUGCUGAGCUGGCCUUGGCACGGCUGCCUGAGGGCCAGCUGUGGCUUUUAGUCUCAUUGGUAAAGCGGGUGUGCAAUGAGACAACAUAUAACCGCACAACAGAGCUGCUUAGUAAUCAAAUAGGAAAAGAAAGGCAGAGGGAUAGACAGAUAAAGAAAUAAAGAAGGAUAAGACUGACCUGAAUGGAUUUGUUGCACUACAUUAUCAGUGGCCCAGGGCUAAAAAUAAAUGCUGGACAUUGAGCAAGAUAAACACUUGUUAUUACAAAACAAAACCAAGAGAAAAAUGCAAUGCACAGACUAAUCUUAUCAAUUUGUGCAAUACAAUAAUCUAAAUAGCAAUAUACUGUAAAUGUCUAUUUUAUAGUGUGUUCUCAACCCUUUUUUUUUAUUUGUCAAAAUGAGACACAGGGAAAAAACUUUACAGAAACGUCUUUAUUGUUUUGCACGUAAAUACAAAAGAUUCUUUGUCCCUUUGUGCUUCAUGAAUGCACUGCUGAGCUGUCAUUUUUAUGUCUUUGUUAAAAUCCAGGAAUGCAGCUGCACAACUGUGGAAUUUGUAUCAUAAAGAGUCUUUGGUAAAGCUGGGCAUCAGAACCAGGAUUAUUAUACUGCUAUCAUCUGACAUUUAUUGUGCCUCAUAAUGGCUAAAUUUAUGAUAAAAUAAGAUAAUUAAAUUGCAGUGAUCUGCUUGAAGUAUGCAUAUUGUCAUACGUUUAUACGUUUUUUUUAUAUCCGGAUGUGUUUAGGCAUCAGUGAGGAUUUUAACUUGGCAGAUGCGUUUGAUGACGACCUACCCUCAUCUACCCCAGCACCUAAAGUGGAUCCAGCAGGUGGUGCAGGAGCAGCAGUGAAACCUACUAAGCUUCCUGUGCAGACCACAACCAAGAACCCAGUAAAGCCCAAGCCCAAACAAACAGAAGAGAUAUCCACUGAUUUCUUUGAGCCCACCGUUCGCCCGGGCCUGUUGCCCCAAACAACCGCUAAACAUCUCCAAACCUCUGUUUCCUCUCGGAAAGUCCAGCCUGGUUUGGAGGACUUUAAUCUUGAAGAUGCCCUGGACCCCGACAACGACAUCAGAGGAAAUGGCAAAAACUCUGGCAAAAGCGAUAAAGGCAUCGGAGGUGGAGGCCGUGAUGACGGCAGACCCAACAGCAGAGGUGGAACUGGUGGUGGUGAGUUCACAGACAAUGACCUUGUGGAUGUGGGCAAUGAUGACACCUACAAACCAGACAAAGGCAAAGGUGGACGAGCAACUGGAGGUAGUGAAUUGGAUCCUGCUGAUGAAAAUAAUGAUGACACUAUGGCUGAGACUGGUACCAUUGCUGGCAUUGUGAGUGCUGUUGCUAUGACUUUGGUCGGUGCAGUGAGCAGCUACAUCUCCUACCAGAAGAAGAAGUUUUGCUUCAGCAUACAGCAGAGUCUGAAUGCAGAUAUGGUGAAGGCAGAUGCUCCAGAUGCUGUAGUAGCACAGGAGCCACAAGUUCAGCAAACUCUUCUCCAGCCCCCAAAUGCUGAGCCACCGACAGAGGAAAAUGCUGUGUAACUUCAUAAUCAUCCAGGCUGAAGAGGGUGCAGUGCUAAAUCUUUCAUCUCCCAUUCAAAUACCACUAUAUAUCCCCUCACAUCUGAAGCACAUCACCUUUUUUUUUUUUGAAGCACCAAUGUCACUAUUUAAAUCAAGCUUAAACUUUGUGUUUUUUUUUCCCCAACUAUUCAUGUGCAGCAAUGCUACUAGGCCUGUUUGCAAUAAAAUUGCUAUGAAAUGGAAAACACUUAAAAAUGUAUUUUAGCAUGGUCUAAAGAGUCUAAAGGUCUCAAAUAAAGAGAUUUGAGAAAUCACACACAAUUCUUUUUAUAGAAUUAGUAUGGGACCCCAUACUAUCAGUCCCACACUAUACUACGCUAAAGUCUUUUUGUUUACUUACUAAAAAUAUUGUGUCAAAUUAGCUAGUCAUUCCUAUUAUGCACAAAUGCAUAUUUGUUCCUGAACACUCAGAUUAUUGGUUAAUCCAAUGUUUACAGAAACAGCUGAUUGGAUAAUCAGAGAAAUAUGCUUUUAUGGGUCAAGACUGUUGUUACCAAGAAAGGCUUAACAAAUUGGUUGCUUGUGGAAUACAUGUCAUUUGCAAUUGAAAUGCUUGUAAUUUCUGAAGGAUUUGUCCUCUGUUUUAUGUUCACACUUUUAACAUUUUGGAAGGUUUUUUUUUGUUGUAAUGUUACAUGAUCUGUAUAUAUUUGCCUUGCUUUCACAGAGAAAUGUGAAAAGAUUGUUACACAUAUAUGCAGGUUUUUGUGUCUUGGCAAACUUUUUACUGGAGUUACUUUUUGACAGAGAGAGAGAGAGAGAGAGAGAGAAAAUGCGACUGGAGUCCAAAACUAACCAACGGCUGCUUACCGUCUAAUUUGCUAUAUAAAUGAAACAAUGAUUCAAAUGAAGUAUAACUGUGAAGGUGUGGUUUUGUUGAUGAAGAAAUCGUGUUGACUGUUUUUGUGUGUAUUAGCUGGAUGUCAGUGAUUGAAAAUCCUUCUUUUAAGGGAUAGGUGGAUUUAGUGUGAUAAGAAGGCCUAGAAACAUUAGCGUGAAGUAAGUCACGGGUGGAAAUAAAUCAAGUUGUGUUUUCAUGUUAGCACAAUAAUUAAGCAGUGUAGUAACUCUUGUAUAUCUGACUGAUUGCCUUUUUGGGAUUUUAAGGGAUUGACGUGCUUGUAUAUUGUGUACCGCUCCGAAGUUUGAACUGAAACCGUCGUAUCAGUGUAUCCCUAUUUACACUUGUAGCAGAAAAUGUACAUAAAUGUUUGUGCCCCCCCCCCCCCUUGAAUUACACGGCGUAGUAAUUGUCCUAGUCUAGUGUUUGUAUUGUUUGUAGCAUGUUUGUGCUUUAGCUUUCAAUACUUUUUAGAGCCCUUGUAGACCUGUUGCACCCUGUUUAGUUUUGCUAUUGCCUUAACGAAUCCCUGGCUGCAUUCCCACUUGUCUGUUAUGGAUGAUUUGUCCGCUCCACUUGCCUUCAUGCAAGGGUACGGCCUUUGAGCAAGACCAGGCCCUUUAUUUCUUCUGAUUUGGAAGGUCACCAUCUAGAAUUGUCAAGAGAAUAAGCAAGUAGAGUUUAGCAGCUCAGUCCUUGCCAUUUUAUCCCCCACUUGAUGCUCCAGACUUUCCUGUAGCUGUUGUUUUUCACUGUGAAUUCAGGUGCACCUUUAUUACCCCCCAGCCCUUGCCAAUGGUGCUUUCCUUCCGAUGCCUUACCACGCUAACAUUAGGGAAGACACGCUACCCUACUAACCUACAAAAGGAAACACUUACACUCGCAUCCGUUGAAGGGCUCAUUUAAAUGUGUGCAAACUAGAUGGAACAAUCAGUUUCAUUUUAACACAGGACAACAGUUUGAACAGAUCCAAAAUAUUGUUCUCUCACAUACCCAAAAUUAACUAUAGUUACAGAAGUAGAUGAUACUAAUGUCUGAAACAUAAUGGCACAAUAUUUGAAUGUUGGCCACCUCUACACAUGACAAUGUGUCCUAACAAGGCUUUUGUACCUCAUCUAUGGUGAAAACGAACAGAAUGUUAGCUGAAUGUAACUCUUUUUUACUCUUAUGAUUUUGUUUGAUAGGCUACAAGAACAAUGUAGCUUUAUUGGUGCUACACUUGUCAGAAAUUAGAACACCAAAUAUGAAACAUGUAGGUGAUGGUUUUGCCUUUUUGCGUGUUCUUCAGCUUUGGUGUUGAUCAAGUGAUCCAUUGGGAAAAGCAAUGAAUGUGUAAAUCAGACUUCACCAUUAGAGAAGUAAAAGAUACAAAGGUUUUUGUAAAGACAAAUGUGUAAAUUCACAAGUGUAUUGAGCAUUUUUAACAACUCCUAUCACUUAUUUGUUUUGAAAAAACAAACAAAAAAACAUUUAUUAGAACUGCUUCCAAAUAUGUUGCUUAGAUGCAUGAUCUGACUGUUAAAACCUCCCUGAUUCUUUCCAUUGACCAUAUUAGUAGUAUACCAGCAGUUCAUAUAGUGGAGGUUGUAUUUGUAAGGAUCUUCAGGCUCUCUGGAAUUGUUCGGCCAGUAGUUGCAAUUUUGUCAAAACAAGGGUGUACACGCAGAGCUGUACAUACAUGCAUGUUUUGGAUUUUAGCUGUAGAUAUUAAAGGUUUUUCUUGUGUACUGGGUUUAUUUAUGAACUUGUGAAAUGUGUUAUUGGGCGAUACAUUUUUGGAAGUGUUUUGGAUUUGCACUGCCAGUUUAGUUCAUGUAUCAUGUUACUGCCACAUAUGAGAUUGUAAUGCUGUCAUUGUUGUAGUUACAAUCUUAGGUCUGCCGUUUAUUGCAUAAAUAUAAAUUUGGCUUUAACUGUACCUCAAAGAGAUAUUGACCCUCUGCGUAAAAUCUCACUGCUUUCUUUAGUGCCUGCGCACUCAAAUACAGAAUGUAACGAAGACACACAAUCACAUGUUUAAUCUGGCAGUCCUUUUCUACAUGUUAAAUUUAUCAUUUCUAAAUGUAUUCAAAUGUGUUCUCAAAUUUCACUUUGUAACUUACUGGCUAUACCUGGCAGUAACAGAUCACCAUAAAGAAACCCAAUAAUAAACAGUGAAUCUAG